UUUUUUUAUUUAGAAAAAUAAGAAAUUGGUCAAAAAAACUCCAUAUCCUAAUAUUUUGUAAACUUUCCAGAUAGUAUUUUUGUAAGUUCUCUUUUAGUUUACGGGGCCCAAAAGUUUUUGAGCUCAUAUCUCUAUCGGGCAUAAAGUCUUCGGGUCAACCCAAUUUAGAAAGAUCCGAAUGGGAUCAGUAUCGUUGGAAGUUGGAAACUUGGGCGAGAUGGCGGAGGAGAAUUCGAGAAUAUAGCGGUUGGUAGUGGUGCCAACUUCAUAAGGCAAACAAAUUUCAAAACCAAGUCUCAGUCUCGCUCAAACACACUCACUCAAAAUGAGACCCAACAUUGUUUCUGAGGCAGGGUUGCAGACAAGGUUGGGGCAAUGGUGGGAAAGCAUUCCGGUCCUUACUUCUGGGAUUGUGGCCGUUUGUGGGAUUAUUUACUUGGUGUGUCUCUUGGUAGGAUAUGACUCUUUUGUUGAAGUAUGCUUCUUGCCUUCUGCAGUUGCAUCACAUUUCCAAGUCUACAGGAUUUUUACCUCGGUUCUGUUUCACGGCUCAAUACUUCACGUGCUCUUCAACAUGAUGGCAUUCGUUCCUUUGGGUUCUGAGCUUGAGAGAAUCAUGGGAUCUGUCCGCUUGUUGUACUUGAUUAUUUUGUUGGCCAUCAGCAAUGCUCUUUUUCAUCUUCUAAUUGCACUUUUGGUCAUGUAUAACCCAAUCCACUCGGAUGGUUAUCUGAUGAAUGAGUGUGCAAUAGGCUUUUCAGGAAUAUUGUUCUCUAUGAUUGUUAUAGAAACAAGUCUCAGUGGAGUCCAAUCUAGAAGUGUGUUUGGACUAUUUAAUGUGCCUGCUAAGUGGUAUGCAUGGAUCUUGUUGAUUGUGUUUCAGCUUCUUAUGACAAACGUCUCAUUACUAGGACACCUAAGUGGCAUAUUAUCUGGCUUUGCAUAUACUUAUGGCUUCUUCAACUUCCUAAUGCCUGGAGCAGCAUUCUAUUCUGCUAUUGAGGCCUCAUCUUGGCUUGCAUGUUGUGUUAGGCGACCCAAAUUUAUUUUGUGCACUGGUGGGAAUCCUACUAGCUACAUCCCAACACAUUCAACCCAAAAUACAACAUCCAGUGGAUUGUUUUCUGGAAAUGCGUGGAGGAACUUGUCUUCUUGGAUGCCACAGAGAGGAACAUCUACUGAGUCAACUGUAGACAGUAGAUUUCCUGGGGCAGGAAGGACACUUGGAUCUACAAGAACUCAGACGGGCCCUGCUGAUAAUUCAGAUUCAAACCUUCAGGUUAGACUUUUGGAUGAUAGUAGUCCACCAUCAGACACAGCAGCAACUGGCACAGGACAGCCAUUAUCUGAUGGAAGGCGAGUAGUACAACAUGCAGCAACAACUCCCGGGAUCCCAAUACAAGGUUCAGUCGCAUCUGAAGAAGAAAUCCAGAAACUUGUAGCUAUGGGAUUUGAAAAGACACAGGUAGAAGUUGCCCUGGAAGCUGCAGAAGGAGACCUGAAUGUGGCAGUGGAAAUUCUUAUGAGCCAACAGGUUCGUCUUUAAGAUUUAGUUUUCUCCAGUGUUUGAUGAUUUGUCAUUUUAUUUUGACUAAUGGUGAUUUUGACUUAAUCUGCAGGGUUAAUUUGUUGAGCCUCUAGUGACCAAUUUCAGUUAGCUUGUUUCUCCUCUCAAUCUCGUGUAUGUUUGAUUUUUGUUUUUUUACAUGUGGGUGUACUUUGUAUGUAGUAGUUUUUACUAAUUCUAAACUCUGACAUUGUUUGGAACAGAGGAGAAAAUAUUCUGAAACAUAGUAAAAACAAAACUGUACACUAACGAAAUACUUCAGAAGAUAUAUCACAAAAUGGUCUUGUAAAGAUGUUUGGAGACGUAUACAUGAACCGGAAAAUUAUUCAAUUGAAAAUAUGGUUUUGUA